AUGGGCAGCGAGAAGUACCCGUCUGAAAACGGCUUCGAUGCCUUCCUGAAGAAGCACGGCGGGAGCGACAACGCCUCCACUGACUGCGAGCGGACGGUGUUCCAGUUCGACGUCCAGCGGAGAAGCUUCAAAGAGGCGCUGGACAGGUGGGCUCAAUUCUUCAUCUGCCCUCUAAUGAUCCGGGACGCCAUCGAUCGCGAAGUGGAGGCCGUGGACAGCGAGUACCAGCUGGCCAAGCCCUCCGACUCCCACCGAAAGGAAAUGCUGUUCGGAAGCCUCGCCAAAGCGGACCACCCCAUGGGGAAGUUCUGCUGGGGCAAUGCUCAGACUUUGAAGCUGGAGCCGAAGAAGCAGAAGAUAAACGUGUACAAGCGGCUGCGGGCGUUCUGGAAGCAGCACUACUCUGCCAGCUACAUGACCCUCGCCGUUCAGUCCAAAGAGAAACUGGACACGCUGGAGGAGUGGGUGAGAGAGAUCUUCAGCAAGGUGCCCAACAACAAACUUCCAAAGCCCGACUUCUCCAAUUUGCUGGAUCCCUUCGACACACCCGCCUUUAACAAGCUCUACCGAGUCGUUCCAGUCCGAAAAGUUCACGCUCUGAACAUCACCUGGGCUCUGCCUCCACAGGAGAAGCACUACCGAGUGAAGCCUCUCCAUUACAUCUCGUGGCUGAUUGGACACGAAGGCACCGGCAGCAUCCUCUCCGUGCUGCGUAAGAAGUGCUGGGCUCUGGCUCUCUUCGGAGGAAACAGUGAGACCGGCUUUGACCAGAACACCACCUACUCCAUCUUCUCCAUCUCCAUCACACUCACCAACGAAGGCUUCCAGAACUUCUACCUGGUGACGCAGCUCGUGUUCCAGUACCUGAAGAUGCUGCAGACGCUGGGACCACAGCAAAGGAUUUACGAAGAGAUUCAGAAGAUUGAAGCCAAUGAGUUUCACUAUCAAGAGCAGAUCGACCCCAUAGAGUACGUGGAAGACGUGUGUGAGAACAUGCAGCUGUUCCCGAAGGUGGACUUCCUCACAGGAGACCAGCUCAUGUUCCACUACGACCCAGACGUGAUCCACGGCGCCCUGUCCCUCCUCACUCCAGAGCGAGCCAACCUUAUGCUGCUGUCUCCGGAACACGAGGGCCGCUGUCCCCUCAGGGAGAAGUGGUUUGGCACCCAGUACAGCGUGGAGGAUAUUGCCCCGGAGUGGAUGGGGAAGUGGACAGGCGAGCUGGAGCUGGACAGCAGCUUACAUCUGCCAGAAGAAAAUGAAUUCAUAGCCACCGACUUUGACCUGAAGCCGUCUGACUGUCCCGACACUGAACUCCCUGUUCGCAUCGCAGACAACGAGAAGGGCUGCCUCUGGUUCAAGAAGGACAACAAGUUCAAAAUACCAAAGGCCUACAUCAGAUUCCACAUAAUCUCGCCUGUCAUCCAGAAGUCUGCCAGAAACGUGGUGCUUUUUGACUUGCUGGUGAACAUACUGGGACACAACCUCGCGGAGCCGGCAUACGAGGCUGAGGUGGCUCAGCUCGACUACAAGCUGGUGGCCGGAGAGCACGGGCUGGUCAUCAAAGUGAAGGGCUUCAACCACAAGCUGCCCUUGCUGUUCCAUCUGAUUGUGGACCACCUGGCGGCGUUCGCGGCCUCCCCCGACGUCUUCAGCAUGUUCUCGGAGCAGCUCAAGAAAACCUACUUCAACAUCCUCAUUAAACCGGACAAGCUUGGCAAGGACGUGCGCCUCCUGAUCCUGGAGAACUCGCGCUGGUCCAUGGUGGAGAAGUACCAGGCGCUGGCAGCCGGCCUCACCGUGGAUGACCUCAUGCAGUUCAGCCAAAGCUUCAAGUCGGAGCUGUACGCAGAGGGACUGGUGCAGGGCAACUUCACCAGCGCCGUGAGUGGCCGCCACCGCACUGACCACGACCGCACUGACUGCCACCGCACUGACCACGACCGCACUGACUGCCACCGCACUGACCACGACCGCACUGAAUGCCACCGCACUGACCGCCGCCGCACUGACCGCCACCGCACUGUCCACAUCCGCACUGUCCACGACCGCACUGUCCACGCCCGCACUGACCUCGACCGUACUGACCUCGACCGUACUGACCUCGACCGCACUGACCGCCCGCACUGUCCGCGACCGCACUGA